AUCAUUGUGUAUACCUGCACGCAAUAUUUUACUUCCUUCUUUUUACAAUGAUGAUUAUAUUGAUAGUAAGGUAGACUUAAAAAUAUGGGUCGACACAAUAAAAGUUUCGUGGAGAAUUUUUGGGUUGAGGAUAUAAACAGUACCUCAGGAUUUGAUGUAUUAAGUAAUCGUAUGAGGGAUGGUAGAAAGCUGUGUAAAGAAGUAGAUGACUACUUAAGACAGAGAUCAAAAAUUGAAGCUCAGUAUGUAAAAGAAUUACAGAAACUUAACAAACAAGACAACAAAGAAGAUUUAGGGGGAUUAGAAAUGGCUUGGAAAGAAAUGAAACAGCAAACGGAAAGAAUAGCACAUCAUCAUGACGUGGCAGCUAAACACUUUCUUAAUAUAGCUAAUGAAAUAUCUACAUUUAAUACAGAACAAAAGAAAGUCACAAAAGAAUGGGAGGACAAAGUAUCAAAGCUGCAUAGUGCUGCCAAAAAUACAUACGCUAAGGUUAACACUCAAUACAAAGUAUAUGAUAACAAGUUUAAUGAAAACAGCAGUGCUGAUGCCGCAUUAAAGUACAACGAGAAACACAGUGACGGCAUCACGCCUAAAGAAAUGGAAAAGACCAGAGUAAAAGCUGACAAAGCAAGGGAUGAGUUAGAGAAAACAGAUACGUUAUAUAAAAAUCUUGUGAAGCAAGUCCAAGAGGAGAUGUCAAUUUGGGAAAAAGAAAUGUCUGGUUUAUGUAAAAAAUUCCAAGAUUUAGAUGAACAAAGAAUAGAUCAUCUACGUGAUUACUUAUGGAAGUGUACAAACAUAGACUCACAGGCUAAUGUUGAUCACGAUCAGUGUUGUGAAAACGUGAGAGUUGUACUGGAAAAAUGUAAUAUAGACAAUGAUAUAGAUCAUUUUAUAACCAAACACACAACUGGAAACAGACAUCCAGCACGGGUUGAAUACAAAGGUCAUUCAAAAGUAUCUACACCAGUUAUUAACCGACGGUUGCCAUCGAUACCUAAAUCAGGUUCUCAUAUUUAUGAUGAUGUCAGUUAGAAAAAAAAACUGAUUUAGCAGAUCUCAUGAAUAGUAAAAACUUUUUUGAAAGGAUGAGAAUACUUUUCGUAUUAAAUUUGAAUGAUAUAUGAUUCUAUUAUGUAAAGACUAUUUUCUGUUCACUCGUUUUCUGUCUUUGAAAACUGUUUGACUCUUAACAGAUAUUCUGGCAAAAAACGGUGACUUAGAUAACCGAAUGGUUGCAAAGGGGAGACUAGCCUACUAAUUUCUGAUAACCAUGCCCUUGGUUCAGGUGAAUAUAGGAGAGAAGACUUUGAAUGAUAUGUGUUUAUUAUGCAAAGACUGUUUUCUGGUCGCUAGUUCCCUGUCCUUAUUAAUUGUUUGACUCUAACAGGUAUUUUUGGUAAAACUGUGACUUAGGUAACAGUAUGUCACAAAGGGGAGAGAACCAGUAUAUUAUUUUCUGAAACCCACAAUAGGUUUUUAAAAAAUUUCUGGUGCAUACGAUAAAAAUGUUCUCAGGGAUAGAGACUAGCUAUAAAGAGAUAAGAAAAGCGUAUUUUGUUGGCAAUGUUCUAAUUUACUUAAAAUCAUUUACAGAAUUUGAUAAUUAUGGUCUUCUUUUAAAAUCAAUUGAAAUAGUCUCGACAGCAGCAAGAAUGUAACACAUUUCCCAAGCAAGUGAAUUUAUCAUGUGUAUUUAAAUGAUGUUCUAAUUGCUCAUUCUAAACUAUUUUACGUAUUUUUGUAGUCAUUUAUCAUUUAUAGUUUUUUUCAUUGAUCUAGACUUUAAAAGAGUUAAUAGAAUAUAUGCUCAGAUUUUUUUUCCAUUAACCAUUGAUCAAGAGAAUCCUUUGGACCCUUUGGACCCUUUGAUCAUAUAGCCCAUAUUGUUUCUAUGUAUUUAUGCAUCUCUGGAUUCAAAUGUUAAGGUUUGAGGGUUUCUGAUGAAGAUAAAUCUAGAAAAGUGAUAAGUUGUAUUUCAUUUGCAUUAUCGGAAGCCAGUUUGAACAUGUUAGAAAUUUUAUAUGGGUUUUAGAAAACUGUGCCUGAAUAUAUCAGAUAUAUUGACAAUAUGUACCAUCAAUUUCAAUACCACUGACGUAGAUGUUUUAUUUUAAAUCGAGGCUUAAAGUCUCAUCAUAUUUGUAUAGUUUUUUUAUUAUUUAUUUUUAAUCUUACAAGGAUUCUCCUAGAAAAUAUUUUAUAUACUCAUAUUGUAUUUCAUUUGUUAAUAAUUACAUUACAUGUAUGUUUCAUAAGAAUCAGUACUUUUGAUUGGCUGGAAGCAAUCACAAGGCAUUCAAAUAUCAAAUUGUAUUUCUCAAUAAAAUUCAAUUUUAAUGAUAGCACGUGCUUCUCAUGACAACUUCACAACAAUGCAUAUGAAAACAAACGAAUAAUUUGCUAUUACUCGUAGUUUAAUGGUUUUUAUAUAAAAAUGUAAUUAAUUGCUUCUUUUUGUAUUUUUAUAAGGUUGUAAAGCGUUGAUCGUGCGCACAUUUUUAGUAUGAACCGUUUCUGCGCUUCAUACAAAAUGUGCUUCGGUCAACGCUUCUAUACGGUAAAACAAUCAGUAUAAAAUACCUUAAAAAUAUGUCAGAAGACGGGAUGAAGGGAGAUCGCUAGUGAGUUUCAGAAUAACAAGCUUCCAAAAUAUAUACUAUUAAUUUUAUUGACAGACCUUGUUUAAUUAAUAAAAGCAGUUUAAGUCCAAAAAAUGCGUAAACGUACGCCUGUUUUUGUGAUAUAUCAUACAUUUAAAAAUUGGAAGAGAAACUCCAUAGAAAUAUUUUCACCUUCAAAUUAUUUAAAGAAAUAACAAGUACAUAUUUAAGUAAACUUUGCCGGGAUGUAGCCUAAGAUGUAUUUAAUGAAAUUAUAUAAAGGAUAUUAUUGAAACUUUCUGGCAAAAUUUUCUAAUUCUACCGUUGUUUUUUUAGGAUUUUUCUUUUUCUUGAUUCUUGCUUCAUGUGCUUGAAAAAGAAAAUUAUUUUAAUUCUAAUGUCAUGAAAUUGAAGUAACACUAGCAGUAUAAAAUAAAUUAUGCAUCAUAUAUGCGUUAUCAACUUCGGUAUAUAUCAAAUUAGUAGUUUCAUUUAUAUAUAUGUUAUUACUCAGACGACAUAAAAGAUGGUCUAUCACGAAAGAUACUGAUUGCAUUUAUAUAAACUAACUAGCAUUUUCAUACCACUAAUUUCAGACAUCUUGCAUAAGACAAGGAUCCCCUUUUAAGUAAUGUUUUUAUCAUAUGUGUAAAUGAAUCUGUUGACUGAGUAAUCUUAACCAGUCAUGUAUUUUACGUUCCCUUUCUUAAACACAUAAAUCGGAAGUGCCCUGCCAUGAAAAAAUCAGUGAUUAAACCAAGAAGAUGAUUUAUUUGUCCCAUUGGUAAUGAAUAAAAGAUUGUGUGGGGGUAAUUAGUACUCAAUAUAAAAAAAACGUCAAUUCGAAAGUACCCAACUAUAAAAAAAACCAUUAAAAGAUGAUUAAAUUUGUAUAAGUUAACAUUAAAUUACUACAAAAUGAAACAUUUGCCUUCUUUGUAAUUUUCAAUUAAUCUUAAUAAUACUUAUACUUUAUUAAAUGUAAAUUGCAUAUUUAUUAAGAUUUUUUUAUUGUCACUUUAUGUAAUAUUUCACCCUUAAGAGAUAAGAUCUGUCAUGUAUGUUAUUCAAGUGAAAUGUCUUUUGAUAUAAAGUGAACUGCAUAUAUUCAUUCAUUUCUUUCUAACAAUACAAUACUUUUGUUUUAUGUUUUAUAUUAUGUUAAUGUUAUAGUAAUGUUAUAGUUUAAUAAACGUUUUAGUUUUAA